AUAAAGGGAUAAGAGUCUGAGAAACGAAACCGCAAAAUCACAGAGAAAAGAGAUAGAAAAAAUGGCAUCAGUGUCAAGCAUAUUUGGGUGCGGUGUAGCGAUGGCACCAAACUCACUGAGAAACAAAGCAAUUCGAACCGAAAGAAGAAACGUGUGUGGAGGAUUGUUGAUAGAGUGUUCAUCGAGGCCACAGAAGAAAUCAACUGCACAUCACAUCAAGACGAGGCCGAGAAAAUCGCAACUGUCUGAUAAGAAACGGAAGCCGACUGUGUAUGCUCCGUUGCCUCCACUACCUCCUGAUUAUACGGUUGUGAUUCCGGCUGAGGCUUCCACGGUUGAUGUUACUCCUCCGCCUCCCGCUGAUUCGGAUUGAGUCGGUACUUUUUGUUAAUGUUUCUGUGUUGUUGUUGUUGUUCUCUUUUAUUGGAUUCUGAAUUGUACUGUUAUAACUUACUGUUGUAUUAUUCCAGUUUUAUUUGUCAAUUAACUGCUGUGUUUUGCUUAUAUUAUAUUUUUUUGAAAAA